AUGGCUCCCGGGGCGGCCGCUCGGCUCCGGCCCGGGGCUCUGCUCUGCUGGCGGCUCCUGCUCUUCUUCCCGGGGCUGCCCGGAGGCGCCGGGCCCGCCGUCGCGGCCCAGGGCGGCUUCAGCGGCCAGGCGCUGUGCGGGUAUACGUGGGAAGCUGUUGAUCCACAGAAAAAUGUGAGCUAUGAAAUAAAUCUCUGUGGUGGUAUUGACAAGUGUGACAAAUCCAGUGCUGUUUGUGCCACUGACAUGAAAACGAAUCACUCUUUUUCAGUUGGCAAUUUCUCACUUGCAAGGAAUACUAAACUGCUCUUGGAAUUCAAUACGACAAAGCCUUGUCCACAGCCAGGUAGUCAACUUCAUCUACAGAGCAGCAUCAAUUUCUAUUGUGGGAAGACUCUGGGUUCACCUGAAUUUGUGGCUUCAACAGACUGUGUGCAUUCCUUUGAAUGGAAGACGUAUGUUGCCUGCAAGAAGGAUUUGUUCAAACCAAAGAAAGAGGUACCCUGCUACGUGUAUGAUGGCUUGAAGAAACAUGACUUGAACACAUUGAUUAAGACUUCUGGCGCAUACCUGGUUGACGAGUCAGAUGAUGAUGUAGAGCUACAUAUAAACAUCUGUAGAAACAUAGGAAAGUCUGAUGCGACCAGGAAUUGUCCAGAGGAUGCUGCAGCUUGCUUGCUGAAGGAUGGCCUGGCAUUUGACAUGGGACAGCCUAAAGAUCAGCUCAAGUUUGAAAGAAACAGGCUUGUAUUGACAUACGAGAGACAAUUUAGCAACCGCGAAGAGAAGCCGGACUUCUGUCAUGGGCAUAACCCAGCGGUGACGAUUACUUUUGUGUGCCCACAGGGGAGGAGAGGAGAGGGCACAUAUCCCAAGCUCACUGCUGAGAGCAACUGUCGGUACGAGAUUGAAUGGAUUACAGAAUCUGCCUGUCACAGGGAUUACUUAGAGAGUAAAAACUGUACUCUAACCAGUGAGCAGCAUGAUAUCUAUGUAGAUUUGACACCUCUCACACAUCCUGGCUAUGUCCCUGCGUACCUUGCUAAAGACGAAGAAGAGUAUUACUAUUAUCUGAACAUAUGUGGGAGAAUAACUACAGGCGACUGUGGAAAUGAUGCCUAUAUUUCCUCUUGCCAAGUCAAACCUCAUACUAAUCAGCAUAAAGUGGCAGGAAGAUUUGCAAAUCAAACCCUCAGGUAUGCUGAUGGGGACCUCAUUCUGACAUACCCAGGAGGAGAGACUUGCAGCUCUGGUUUCCAGCGAAUGACUGUCAUCAACUUUGAAUGCAAUCAGACAGCAGCCAAUGAUGGUAAAGGAGCCCCAGAGUAUAUAGGUGAAACAGACUGCACAUAUUUCUUCACAUGGGAGACAAAAUAUGCAUGUGUUGGAGAAAAGGAAGAAAUCCCUUGCAGGAUUGCAGAUAAGAAGAAACACUAUGACUUGGCGCGACUGAUCCGCCAUUCUGAGUCGGAGCAGAACUGGGAGGCUGUAGACAGUACUCUUAUAGAAGCAGAAAAGAAACACUUUUUUAUAAACAUCUGUCACAACGUACUUCGGAAAGGAGGAGCAGCAAACUGUUCAGAAGAGGCGUCCGUUUGCUCGGUUGGAAAAAAUGGUACAAAAAACCUUGGGACAUUCAUGUCACCUCCCACAAAAGUUGGAGAGACUAUUCAGCUUGUCUAUUCUAAUGGUGAUUCCUGUGGGCAAAAUAAGAAAAUCGAAACCAGGAUAUCCCUUAUAUGCAAGCCAGGUGAUCUGGAAAGUGCUCCUGUUCUGAUGAACUCUGGGCACGUUGAGUGCCUGUAUGAGUUUGAGUGGCAUACUGCUGCCGCCUGCGUCCUGUCUAAAACCAAAGGCGACAACUGCAGGGUUUCUGACUCGCAAGCAGGAUAUUCCUUUGACUUAUCCCCACUGACGACGGAGAUGGGCUAUUCAGUAAAUACAAGCGAUUACAGCUUUUAUAUCAAUAUUUGUGGCGCUGUGCCAAACAUGCUCUGUGGACAAAAUUCAGCAGCGUGCCAAGUAAAGAGAAAUGGCGAAGAUAAAUGGAGUCUGGGAGUUCCCAGUUCUGAGCUCUCCUACUAUGAUGGAAUGGUUCAGUUGGACUACAAAAAUGGCACGAUCUACAAUAAUGAAGAGCACACACAUCGGUCUACCCACAUAACUUUCUUGUGUGAUCGUGAUGCAGGCAAAGGUCAGCCUGAAUAUCAGGUGGAAGACAAUUUCACAUAUAACUUCAAGUGGUACACUAGCUAUGUCUGUCCAGAGAUACCCAUAGAAUGUGUUGUAACAGAUCCACAGACCAUGGAGCAAUAUGAUCUUUCAAGCUUAUCGUUGUUUGGAGACAGACAGGAAAACUGGUUUGCCAUGGGCAGCAUGGAAGAGGGUGCGCACAAAAAAUAUUACAUAAAUAUCUGCCGCCAGUUGAAUCCUGUCUCGGGCUGUGACAGGCGGGCCUCAGUCUGUGAAAUGACGUACAAGGAUAUUGCUACGGGUUCCUCAGAAACCACCUCCAUCAGCAACCUUGGGAUUGCCAGCCAUAGGCCAGUUGUUGAAGGGCCUGGCAGAAUCCUCCUCAACUACACCGAUGGAUCUCUGUGUGGCGAAGACGAGGCAAUACCUUUCACAAGCCUAAUCCAUCUCAGCUGCUCUAAGGGUACUACUAGUAGCAGCCCAAGUUUCUUGGAGAUUAAAGAAUGUGUUGCAACGUUUCUGUGGGAAACUGCAGCUGCUUGUCCAAUCUCUAUAACAGAAGGAGACUCUCAGAGUUGUUCUGUAAAAGAUCCCAACACUGGUUUUGAGUUUAACUUGGAACCACUAGCUUCAAAAAAUGGAUAUAUUUCCGUGGGCAUUGCAAAGGCAUACUUGUUAAAUAUUUGUGGACCUGCGAAAGAUUGUGGGAGCAUCGAUGGAAGUCCGGCUGCUGGGUGUGAAACACACGACCUGAAACACGUUCGCUUGGUGAAACUGAACAAAACCCUUCAGCUAUCUACAGAAGGAUAUCUGACCCUUACUUACACCGGACUGGCUGACCGUUUUACUGUCACCUUUAUCUGCAAUGAAUCCUACCCUGGAGAACUCAGAUUUGUGCAUGAAGAAGUGAAUUCUGCACAAAACUUUAUUGAUACCUAUUUUGAGUUUCAUACAGCCUUGGCUUGCCCACCUGCUCCAGUGGACUGCCAGGUCACUGAUUCUGCUGGCAAUGCAUAUGACCUCAGUGACUUGGGCAAAGACAGUGAGCCAUGGGUGGCGCUAGAUACUUCGAAAGAUGCCAAAAGGAGAACUUUCUAUCUGAACGUUUGUAAACCUCUUCCCUACAUACAUGGUUGCCCCAGUGGUACAAUAGGAGCUUGUAUGAAGACUGGAGACAAAGGUCAGAGCCUUGGCGUGAUUAAGAUAAGUCCUCAAGCAGCCUCAGAUGGGUCCCUUAGCAUUGUGUACUUGAAUGGGGACAAAUGCAGAGGUAACCGGCAGUACUCAACACGAAUCAUCUUCCAAUGUGAUCAGUCUAUGGGAUCACCAGUCUUCCAACACGAAGAGGAUUGUGAAUUUGUGUUUCUCUGGCAGCAUUUGGCAGCAUGUCCUGUGCACAGAGCACAAGGUGAGAAUUGCCAAGUGAAAGAUCCAAGGUAUGGUUAUGUGUACAACCUGACGCCACUUUCUGGAAAGGAAAUAAAAGUAAGCACUGAUGAAUACGACUACUACUUCGGUAUCUGCCAGGGAUUGAGAACAACAAAGUGUAAAGAUCCACCACCAAAAACCGAUGUGGUAUCGUCAUGUCAAGUAAAGAAGCAAAUCCCGCCUACUAAAAAAAUAGCAGGAUUGUACACCACAAAGCUGACUUAUGAAAACAGACUGAUCAAGAUUAACUAUACCGGAGGAGAGACAUGCCACAAAGUUUAUCAGCGGUCAACAGCUAUAUUUUUUUACUGUGAUCCCCAUGACAGUUUGGAGCCCGUAUUUCUGAAGGAAACUGAAGAUUGUACCUAUAUGUUUGAAUGGCACACCCCUUUUGCCUGCCCACCCUACAAAUCCAUAGACUGCUCCUAUAAAGAUAGUGACGGCACCUCCUAUGAUCUCUCUUCUCUUACACGGUAUAAAGAAAACUGGGAAGUAAUUUCAGAUGCUGCCUCUUCACAGAAGUAUUACAUUAACAUCUGUAAAUCCUUAGUUCCACAUCAAAGUGCAGGUUUCUGUCCACCAGAUACUUCAGUCUGCCUAAAAAAUGAGUCCCGAUAUGUCAAUUUAGGUGAGGUGGCAGAGGGACUACGAAGAGAAAAUGGUGUUUUUGUUCUUAAAUACAUCAACGGAGAAAAAUGUCCAGACCAGAUCCGCAGGAAAUCCACAAUAAUACGCUUGAUGUGCGAUGAAGACAGAAUUGACUCCAAGCCAGAACUAAUAACGGAACUAGAGGAAUGUGAAUAUACCUUUCUGUGGCUCACUGCUGCUGCUUGUCCUCUGGAAAGCAACGUACAGAGUAACUGCAAAGUAACCAACCCCCUUACAGGACACCUCUUCGACCUUAACCCUCUAAAGAGGCAGGAUGGCUAUACUGUCCAUGACUUCAGGAACCGGAGAACAAUCCAGCUGAGUGUGUGUGAUGAAGCCAAAAGCUCCUGUGGUGGUGGAGUUGGGGUCUGCCUGACUGCUGGCAAGCAGCAAAUUAACGCUGGAAGAUUAAGCAAAAUGUUAACUUUAGAGGAUAAAGUGCUGAAACUUGUCUACAAAGAUGGAGACCCUUGCCCUGCAAACCCUGACUUGAAGUACACCAGCUAUUUCAGCUUUCUGUGCAGGAGCAACGCGGGCCUUGCCAGCCAGCCUAUCCUCAACGCCUUUGACGAGGCUACGUGCACUUACGACUUCACGUGGCACACCCCUUUGGCCUGUGAAGAGGAGAGGGCGGUGGACUGCUCCAUCACAAAUGGCAGCACGAUAAUUGACCUCUCCCCUUUGAUCCAUCGAACGGGUUCCUACGAGGCGUUUGACGAAGAUGACGUGACCAACGAGGUUCCGGACUUUUAUAUCAAUAUUUGCCAACCUCUGAACCCGAUCAAAGAUGUCAGCUGUCCGCCCGGAGCAGCUGUAUGCAUGGUCCCAGUGACCGAGGAUCCUGUAGAUAUUGGGCACAUCCCUGCAGCUCCCAAACUCAACUCAGCAACGAAUGAAGUUUAUAUUGCUUAUAAUAGUCCCACUCCUUGUUCAUCAAAUAUUACGGUCAACUAUUCCUCUCGCAUUGUAUUUCAUUGCAACAGAGGAACAAAUCUGGGGAAGCCAAAAAUGAUCAACAGGCUGGAUUGCGAGUACCUGUUUGAAUGGAGCACUCCACUUGUAUGCCAUGAUGAAGUGGAUGUUGUGGGCUGUUCAGUGACUGAUGAGCGGUUACACUACACUUUCAACCUUUCCAGCCUUUCCAGACAGUCUCACAAGGUUUCUUCUGGGUCUAGGAAUUACCACGUUGGGGUGUGUUCCAGUGCAGCCGAUUCACCCCCAGGGAAAUGCAAACAGGCAGCAGUCUGCCUCGUCUCGGGCAACAGUGCGGCCUCGUUCGGUAACAUAAAGGAAAUGAAGAUGGACUACCGGCAUCAAGAUGAAGCUGUUGUUUUGCAGUAUAAGGGAGGUGAUAGGUGCCCUCCAGUGACUGAAAUGGGUGAGCUUUGUGUCUUCCCUUUCCAGUACAACGGCGUCAGGUAUGACAAAUGCAUUCAGGAAGGACAUGAACGGCCGUGGUGUGCUACAACCAGUGAUUUCCAAAGGGACAAAAAAUGGGGAUUUUGUGGAAAUGUAACUGGGCGCAGGGAGUCGACCUUUAUUUUCAAAUGUGAUGACAGUGUCGGUAAUGGGAGUCCUCGGCUUUUAAGUGAGACCCUUGACUGCGCUGUGACUUUUGAGUGGAAAACGCAAGUUGUGUGCCCACCCAGGAAAAUGGAGUGCAAGUUCAUUCAGCAGCACAAAACCUAUGAUUUGAGAGUGCUCUCCUCACUUACAGGAUCAUGGAUGUUUGCUGACAAGGACAGCUUCUACUACAUGAAUCUCUGUCAGAGGGUCCAUGAAGGGCCGUCCGGCUGCCCUGAGCAGGCGAGUGUCUGUCGGAAGAGUCAUAGUGGGACUGUACAAGUUCUGGGACUGGUACACACACAGAUGCUGAAUGUGAUGGGUGAUAAAAUUCUUAUCCAUUAUUCCAAUGGCCAUGAAUGUCCACACAGAAACAAGAAAGCAACAACAGUGAUAGAAUUGAAAUGUGCAAAAACCGUUGGUAUGCCAAAACUGGAUAGGAUUGAUGAAGAAAAUUGUACCUACUAUAUUACAUGGGAGACUCGGGCUGCCUGUGCAGUGAAACCUCAAGAAGUAGAAAUAGUGAACGGCACGAUUAAAAAUCCAGCAACUGGGAAGAAUUUCAGUUUGGGUGAUAUAUAUUACAAAUUAUACACUGCCUAUGGUGAUAUCAGAGCAAAUGGUGACAUCUACACUUAUGAAAUUCAGCUUUCGUCUAUCAAUGAUUCAAAGCAUCAACAGUGCUUGGGAGCCAACAUAUGCCAAGUUAAAACAACGGGUGCUCUGUUCAGGAGAAUCGGGUCUUCUAGCAAAACUAAAUAUUAUAUUCAGGAUGAUGAUUUGGAUGUUGUGCUGUCUUCCAACUCCAGAUGUGGUAGAGAUGAUACAAAGUUUGCGUCCUCGACUAUUUUCUUCCAUUGCAGCCAGCAGGCCGAAGAAGGCAUCCCCGAAUUCCUUCAUGAGUCAUCAGACUGCCAGUACUUGUUUACCUGGUACACCUCAGCAGUCUGCCCGCUAGUAAACCCUGAGAAUACAAACAGCAAAGACUAUGUGGAAGAUUUCUUUCAUAAAGGCCUUUCUGGGAGAAGCCAAGCAGUUGGCGCAGUGCUGAGUUUGCUCCUUGUGAUUCUUACGGCAUGUUUAGUGAUCCUGUUGCUUUACAAAAAAGAGAGGAGGGAAACAGUAAAGCAAAAGCUUGCAAGCUGCUGUUGGAGGACUUCAAACGUUUCCUAUAAGUACUCAAAGAUAAACACUGAAGAAGUGAAUGAGAGUGAAAUCGAGUGGCUCAUGGAAGAAAUUGCCACACCAAAUCAGAAGCUGGGGAACGAAGGGAAAGAAAACGGCCAUGUCACCAGUAAAGCGGUUAAAUCGGAGACCCUCCCAUCCCUUCACGUGGAUGACAUGGACAGUGAGGAUGAAGUUCUGACAGUACCAGAAGUGAAGAUUCAUUCUGCCAAGGCCUUCCACUCCAAAGGCUCCCAUAGGGGGUUGCCUCAUCAGAAGGCAGGAGAUGAAGCUGCCCUACUCAAUGGUAGCAAGAACAGCAAAGGCAGCUCCGCCUUUGGCCAACGGAAGCUGCGAAAUUCCACCAACACAGCCUCGUUCCAUGACGACAGCGACGAGGACUUGUUGAACGUUUAACUCAGUACUGUGCCUGAUCAAAAUUCCAUGUAUAUAUUGAAAUGGGACAGCAAAACACUUCCAACCAAAUAUGAAGACUUUAGCUGCCGCUGACUUCUUUCUUUUUCUGGCCUUUUGUAAGGGAAUGUUUCGGAGGGAAAGG